GAAAGAAGUGAAAUACAAAAAGAUGGAAAUGGUUAGAACGUAAAAAAAAAAAAAGUUACAUCGAUCAUUGAUUUGUAAAGGAUCUAUAAGAUGAAGAAGGUCUGAGAAGAGAUAAAAGGAUAAUCAUCAUCUGGUAUGCACCAAGGAUUGAUCUUCGUAGGUUCCUCGUCGAAGGAUCAUGCCGUUCGUGAUUCGAAAGGUGGAGCCGCGUUUCUUGUGCCGCGGUCACGUGCCAUCCGGUACGGCCGCACAAGAUUUACCGGUUGGUGCCGAAUUGGAGGCCGUGGCGAACGGUGCCCUUACCGGUUCCCUCAAACAACUGGCCUCGCUUCUCACAACAGCCGAGGACAUAUUUGCCGAGCUCACACGGGAAUUGACUGUGGUUGUCGAAAGGAGUGCCCAAGUCAGACGAAGACUCGACAAGGUCGAACAACGAUUAACAACUGUCGACCCUAAGAAGGUUCCUGUUCCGGAGUCAGACAUUUGCACGUUCGCGGCACGAACUGAACACUUUCAUGUUACGAACAAACCAUCGACAGCAUUGUUCACGUCUAACACGAGACCUAAGGCACUCAAGGAGUUGUACGAAGCUGCUGGUGUGGUUGCUGUCAGAAGUUUGGAUUCGUUGAGAAGGGAUGGCAGCUCAAUGGAUAUGUUCCUUUGCACUCCCGUUCUUGGAAAGAGAAGACGGGACCAAAGUCUCGACAUCGAAUCUAGAGUCCCGGCUGCUAUCGAAGAUCUACGAAGAUGGACAUCAGCAGAAGCACUGGGAGACGUCACCGUGCCACCGGACUGCAUGUCCAGAAUCCUCGGAGACACGGCCGACGACGAUGCCGUGGAUCACAAGUUGCCCAGUCCGGAGGAACAGGUUCAGGCUGUUGCACUUAAGUUCCCGGCUGAAAUCGUAGCUGUGGAUGUGAGCGGAAGGGGUUUCGAAAGGAUGUCAAUGAGAAGAAGGUCCUUGCUAUCAGGUCCUGAAAUGCAACAAGAGACAAACGUGAAGAGACGUUCGAGACCACGAAGGCCAAGAGGGAAGAGACGAAAUACAAUAGCUGGCACCGAUCAAAAGGAAAUUCGUCAAGCUAUCGGAGGAGAAACGACGACGGGAGACGAGCCGGAAGAAGCAAUGCCUAGUACAACACCUAGGGCACAUCGUUCGGCUAGCACGGACAUACUAGGUUGUUCGUCGAAAAAGGAUACGUCGACGGAAAAGAAAUCCCACUUUAAUACCUUAAAGGCUUGGGGAAUGUCCAGGUUGAAGUCGAUCGGUGGUGGUCAAACUAAAUCAGGUUCGCAACAACAGUUGCAAGAUGCGAGCGAAUCUAACGCAAACAGAUCUGAACAGGGUCAAAGCCAAUCAAAAUCGUCAACGGAUGAUGCGAAUAUUUAUGAGACGGUUAACAGUAGACGUAAAAAGGACAAGUCUCACCAAAGGAAACCGAGCUCGUCGAGUUCCAGUGGUAAAAGUACCUCGUCGAUUCCGGUGUCGAUUCCUGUUACGUCGAUGACCGUAUCGAGGCCGUCGAGUACGGAGAGGGCACAGGGUAACGUUAAACUUCGCGAAAGUGCGGCACAAAGAAGAGAAAGAAGGAAAGGUAGCAGCCGCGAUGACGCACCUCAUUCAAGUUCCGGAAAUUGGAGCGCAUCCUCGGAAAGUGGUAGAGCUAGUAUCGGAAGCGAGACCACAACUACGACUCAUCAACCAAGGUCUACAACAACAGCAUCUAUUGGUACAUCAUCAACUUCGUUAAGUCACGCGAGACGUCUCAAGGGAAGGGACACUUCGGCAUCUUCCUCGGUUACCUCGGAAGGAACUUUAACUCCCGACAUCAUACAAGAUAUUGCUGUUGUACCAUUUUCCGAUGACGGCGAGACAUCGUCCGUGUAUUCAUGCGACACAGAAGGUUACUAUACUUCCUUCCACGUUGAUUCUGGAUUAAAAACUUUGAGGGAAGAGGAACCAUUACCGCAAAGUCCCUUAACGAAAACUAACGGCAUUGGUUCUGAUCCUACCUCGCCGAUAAUCGAAAACGAGUACGAAUUGUUUGGUCGAGGAUCAACUUCGACUACCACCAGUUCAGCCGGAACUGUUUGUACAGCCCUAUUAGCACCUCCACCGCCUGAAAGAAAGUCAAGUCUAACCGUAGUAGCUAUGGUUCAUGGAGAAAAUCAAAACGGUGGAGAAUCACCUGACAGUGGUCAUAACACUUCUUCCUCGCCUGUCGAGUCAGCUUCGAGUCCAGCAUGCACCGGAAGAUCUUGUUCGGAAUUCGAAUAUUCCGAGUCGAGUGAUUUGGAGGGUUGUGAAAGGAUUGAAAGAAUUCGUUCGAAGACUGCUAUCAAUUCGAGUAGGAUACCAUCCAUGUGCGUGAUAACACCACCAUGUUCCGAUGACGAACACGUCAAAGAUGUAGAUUUGUCGGAUAAACAAAAUCAAAUUAGAAAUAAAAAUGAUGUACAAGCAACAGGAUCGGUAUUGAUGUCUGCCACAGUUGGUACCUCAAAAAUGGAAGUGAUCAAUGGACAAGAUAAGAACCUUUAUGCUACCGUGCAACACGUAAUACCAUCUUCCACCAACAACAAUGGACAGGAUAGUAACGGCAACAGCAAUGACAGACCUAUUACGAACAAUCAUCAAUCAACUCAAAUGAAAAUCAGUCCGUUGAGCGGAGUAUUAGGUAAACUUCGAGGUGUACUUCCAGGUAGGAAGCACGUCACGAAGAACGCGGUUGUUCAUGGUUUGACCAAUUCGGACUCCGGCGACUAUGUUACAAUAGCCGACGUGAGGAACAACAACGACAAACGACCGGAAUCAAGCUCCUUAGCUCGUUCUGCGCCUGUCACUUAUGCAAAUUCUGAUUUAUUCAAAAGAGACGCGGAAUACGUUUGUCUCAGUGAAUUACCCAAAAAACCGGAUUCUUCGUUGGAAAGGAAGAGACAGGGGGCGAGAGUUACUCUUGAUUCUGAAGGCAAGGUUGUUUAUUCUUCGGAUAGUUUGAAAAGAAGGAAAGGAGCUCACACAACUUUCAAUCCAGGUCCAUUCGUAAGAGAAGGAAUAUCACCUAACCCAUCGCCAUUAUUGCGUCGAGCAAUGCCAAACGUUCGAGCAGUGAUCAAAAGUCACGACACCGUAGACAGCAGUCAACAAAAAACACCAUCACCCAUACCCCCAUCACCAUCACCAUUACCUACAUCAUCUACAUCACCUACAUCACCGCCUACGUCACCGCCUACGUCACCACAAUUGGGUAAACUCAUAAUUCGGGCGGCGAAAAGCCCGGACAGGGCCCAAAGUCCGGAUUACGUGAGAACACCCGCUACUGUGGUGGGUCCUAAGAGUCCCACCAGUCCUCACAAACAAGUACGGGGAGCUUACGUCAACAUGCAAGCUGGUGACGAAGAUAAUGGUAUAUAUUUAGUUGUCCCGUCGGAAUCUCUAGUGAUGCAACAAUCUGCAACAUACAUCGGACCACAACCCGUGCCAGGGGAUAAAGAAAAAUCACACAAGUACAAAGAAAUAAUAACGAAGGAUACCAAUCAAGGUAAUCAUCGUCAAAGAAUGUAUCAAGAAGAAAUUCGAAAUCAAGGAAAUAACGAUGAAAAACGUGUAUACCAUGAGAAAAAUAAUACAUGUACUCGAAACAAUAGCAGCAAGGAUCAUUACCGUUGUUAUAAUGACGAUGAAAAGUUUAUCGAACAGAAUAGGAUAGGAAGAAAUUACUGUGAUCACCAAUUACGUAAUUGCGAGCGUCAACCGGUUCAAAUACAAAAUACAAAGAAUCAAGGAUUUAACAUGGCCGGAAGGGCUCACUGUGAUCAACAGAGAUUCUAUACUUUACCCACGAGACGUGCUCAACGAGAAAUCGAACCACCACGAAGCGUCACUCCGGACAUCACGAGAGGUCUUGGAUAUGGUUCCCUCAGUGCAAUGCACAUGUUAAUCAGACAAGGACGAAAGUCCGUUGCCGAGCAGGUUACCAAGCAGGUUCCUAAGCAGGUUCCCGAACAGGUUACCGGCCAGGUUCGUCUCGCGAUAGGUAAUAGGAAGUUGGAGGAAUUCGAGAAAAGGAAGAGACUCAUGCAACAACAGCAAACAACGCCGAACGUUGAUGUCAGAAAUAGAUUCACAACGCCAUUGAGUCAAUCCGCACUUGGAUAUCGAUUCUUAGCUUUCUCUCCCAUCAACGAACCCAUCGCGAUGCCACCGGCUAGUACGCAUCUCUUAAAUCACGAUUCUAUUUCCCCCAUCGGUGUUGGUUAUGGUAAUGGGUUCGAAUCAUCCACUCCUAUAGCACGAUCUUCUCGAACCGUUGCCGAACGUCUCGCUUUAACAACUGCCAAUUCUCCGUCCCCCGUACCAAGUUCUUCCGGCAGGAGUACACCCGUUCAAGGCUCCUCUUCUUCCGGUAGAAACACACCGACGAAUUUGAUCUUAUCGCCAAGCAAAAGUACAAUGUCCAACGAGGAACUGUUCACAGCGAUUCAUAAAUCAAAGAAGAGAUUGAACAUUAAAGAUGACAGUGAAAACAUGUCACCUUACGGUUCAAUGAAUUCUCUUAUUAAAACACCGCCAGGUAACAGACACAGUUGGAGUCCCGAAUCUCAAAAACAAACUGAGAUACCCACUUCUCAAGCGAUUCAUUCUCCAUCGAGUACUUCGCGAUUAGAUUUCAAACGGUUGCUUCUUCAACAGAGCGUUAAAGUUGGACCUACAAGACUCUCGGCAGCUGAACAAUUAAAACUUUCUCGACAACAGUGUCAGCAACAGCAGCAACAACAACAACAACAGCAACAUCACCAACAACUGCUGCAUUCACCUGGUAUCGUCAAUUUCUCGCAAACUCCUUUGACCAAAGUAAUGAGUCCUCGAUCGGUAUGGAGAUUCCAAACCCCAAGAACUGACGUCUUGUCCUCGACCAUUAUCGAAGAUACGGCAGCUGAAGAAAAGGCUAUGAAACCGUCCCCAGAAAAUACCUCGCCUAUCUCGAGAUUGAACAGCAAAAGACAAUUGGAUCUCGGCAACGAUCCACCUCAACCUAAUAAUCUACGAAAUACGAUGAAAGAGGACAAUACAUUUGAAUCCUGUGACGGUAGAUUGUCUUCCGUGAUAUCCAAUUCGUAUAACAAGAAAGAUAAUUGCACACCGAAAAGAACUGCACAGACCGAACCUAAAGUUUUAUCUUCUUUUACCGUAGUUGAAAACAGUGCUGUCAACACUACCACUACUACUACUACUAAUAAUAAUAAUACAGAUAUGUCUCAACAGUAUUCGCAGAACUCUGCACAAAUAACUUCGAAAGGAUUAGAUGCCGUAAACGCGAUCGAAUCCAGACGAUUGAGCAAUCAAUUGGCGAGAGCUCAAUUUCUAGCCAGCACACCGAAUUCUAAUAAUCGACAAGGACAAAGUGCUUACUUUGGCAAACGUUUUCGUGCAAGAUCAGAAUCACCGAAGCACGUUAAUUCUCAAAACGUUACUACUGUUCGUAGUCCGAGUGCACCAACCCUAGAAACUGCUCUCUGAUCUAAAAAACACAAUAUUAGUUAUAUUUACACACAUUUAUUUAUCAAUCAAACCGACUGCUAAGAUUGAUGAGCAAUAAGAUUAAAAUAUUAAAUAUAAAAUACAUAUAUAAAUACCUUAUAUAACGUAGUCUCGAUUAUCGAAUAUAAAAAUCGCGUAAUAAUAUAUUUUGUUCUUCGUAAAGAAAAAAAAAUCAAUAAAAUAAGCAAAAAAAAAAGAAACCAUGGAACCAAAAAGGUACUAUGAAGUUAUAUGAGCCAUUAAUAUACCAAAAAUCUAUUAAAAAAUUCUAAGAAUAAAUUGAAUUACUUUUGUAACUCGUAAAAGGCUCAUAUAAAGGUGAUACGCGAAAUCGUUAGAAUAAAAAAAAAAAAAAUAUCGUUCGCAUUUUUAUAAAUUAUCGCGCGUUCUUUUUUGAUAAAAAAAAAAAAAAGAAGAAUUUUUGUUACUUUUUUUAAUCUACUUAAUCCUCAAUCUUAUCUCAUCUUAAGUUAUUAAUUUAUUGUUCGCCUUUUGCGAUAUUAUAUUGCGCAACCUGUACCUCUCUUCUAUACGAUAGAAUUAAUUAAUUAUUUUUUUAUGUAAAUAAGAGAUCGACGAUAAUUAUUGAAAAGAAAGAAAAAAAAAAAAAAAUAAUAAUAAUAAUAAUAAUAUUACGUAUAAAUCUGGCUUGAAGUCGUUUGCUUGCUCUAGUCUAGUCGGGGUAGUUAGUUAGUUUGUUAGUUAUAUAUUUUGUAUUUUUUAUUUAUAAAGAUAAUAAGGAUUUUACGUAAAAUAUAAAAAAAGAUUGUAUAUAUAUAUGAUAGAUAUACAAUGGAGAAUAGUAAUAUAUUCAAGUCAAGAAAAGACUAAUGUGUAUAAUAAUAACGACGAGACAGACGAGUUGCCUUAAUUAACUUAUUUUACGAAUGUUGGAUAUACAUAUGAAUGUGUAUUUAUGUAUUACGAUUGUAUAAGUAUCACGUCGGCAAUGUAUUUUCG